CCCUUUGUGCCGCACAUCCCCUUUGAUUUCUAUGUCUGCGAAAUGGCUUUCCCCCGCGUGAAACCUGCGGCCGACGAGACCGCCUUCAGCGAGGCCUUGCUGAAGAGAAACCAGGACCUUGCUCCGACCGCUGCCGAACAGGCUUCCAUCCUGUCGCUGGUGACCAAAAUAAACAACGUGAUCGACAAUUUAAUUGUCGCACCGGGAACGUUUGAAGUGCAAAUCGAGGAGGUUCGCCAGGUGGGUUCCUACAAGAAGGGCACCAUGACGACGGGGCACAACGUGGCCGAUCUGGUGGUGAUUCUGAAAAUCCUGCCCACNNNNGAAGCCGUGGCAGCCUUGGGAAACAAAGUCGUGGAAAGCCUGAGAGCGCAGGACCCCAGCGAAGUCCUGACCAUGCUGACCAACGAGACGGGCUUCGAGAUCAGCUCGGCUGACGCGACGGUGAAGAUCCUCAUCACCACGGCAUUUCUGUUGCUUCUUCCAGUGGACAUCAAAGUGCUGCAAAGCGCCCUGGCUGCCAUCAGACACGCUCGCUGGUUCGAGGAGAACGCUUCGCAGUCCACGGUGAAGGUCUUAAUCCGGCUGCUGAAAGACCUGAGAAUUCGAUUCCCUGGCUUUGAGCCCCUCACGCCCUGGAUUCUGGACCUGCUGGGGCACUAUGCGGUGAUGAACAACCCCACCAGGCAGCCCCUGGCCCUCAACAUCGCCUACAGGCGCUGCCUUCAGAUCCUGGCAGCGGGGCUCUUCCUCCCUGGAUCCGUUGGGAUCACCGAUCCCUGCGAGAGCGGCAACUUCCGUGUCCACACGGUGAUGACCCUCGAACAGCAGGACAUGGUGUGCUACACGGCGCAGACGCUCGUCCGGAUUCUCUCGCACGGAGGCUACAGGAAAAUCCUGGGCCAAGAGGGCGACGCCAGCU